AUGCCCUGGAAUUGUAAUGAGGGUCCCUGCUCCACUGUAGCCCACAAGAUCUGGUAUGCUACUGUUCCUCCUCACCCUGAGACUGUUACUCAGGGCUGUGACUUGGAUCCAAGUUACAAGCCCAAGUACCUGUUGCUGAAGAAGAAGCUAGAAGAGGAAUUUCCCAGCCUCCUAAACAUCAAUGGUGAGGGGACCCAGGAGGUCACUGGCUUCUUUGAAGUAAUGAUUGCUGGAAAGCUUGUGCAUUCCAAGAAGGCUGGACAUGGCUUCAUGGACUUCUCAGACAAAUACCUGCAUAUUGUGGCAGAGAUCAAGGCUGCCCUGGGCAAGUGA